AUGCUCUUGGCACUCAAGCCCCAGGAGGGGUGCUGGACCAAGGAAUCCAAGGAAUAUCUGACGCAUGGGACGUUGCCGGAGGAGGAGGACGACGCGGAGCGUGUGGGCCGGCAAGCCAUGGCAUACUGCAUCCAGAAUGAUGACGAUGAGGCCAGUGCCCGCCAGGAGAAGGGGGAUCUGCCUGUGAUCCCGACAAAGAGCAGGUCGGCGCUGGUCUCCCAGGAUGCUGCUCCUGCUUCGACGCCGCCUGGGGCUGCCUCCGGCCCCUCCGCUGCCCCGUCCUCUGCUCCUGGAGCCCGCGCGCCCGCGCCUCAAGCUUCGAGGCUCUUAGGCUUCAAGCUCGGCAAGCGGAGGGUGGACUACGCCGCGGUGGAUCAGCCGCCGCCUGCGGCGAAGAAGAGGAAGGUGGAUGAAGCGACCCCGCCCGGGGCUGAACCAUCUGCAGCAGCCGCACCCCCCUCCGUGAAGAAGGGAAGCGACGACACUCGCAUCUCCCCGGCCUGGUCGUCCUCGCGAGGCUUGGAGGAGCAUCCUCGCGGGGAGUCAGCCCCCGUGGCCCCGCUGGCUCUGGAGGCGUUGGUGUCCAGCCCGGCCGCUGGGGUCCCCAAAGCUCGGGAGCCCCCGGUCUCCCAGGCCCUGGUGACGACGUCAUCUCCUCCUCCUCCUGCGCCACUGAUUCCAGGUCCUUCUGCCUCCCCUGAUGUCUUGGAGCGCGCUCUUCUUCAUAUGACCCGGCUGCGAGAGGGUCUUCAAGGCCCCGACUGCCACCUGGCGGCCGGUCACCUGGAGCUGGUCUCCGGGUACUUGGAGGAAAGCCAUGGAACAUCUACAUCUAAUGGACAAGACGGCGAGGACACCAAGUGCGAGGGACAAGAAGAAGAGCCGUCACGGAAGCUACAGGCUCCGGACGACCGGCCCAGCCCGGACGUCCGACCCCUGGAGGUCACAACAGCCCAAAGAACUCAGGCCUACAAACGCUACAGCGGCCGGACGACCGAGCAGGACCGGAUGUCCGACGACCCCCAGGCUCCGGACGACCAACACUACGACAACAGAACUGAAUCUACGGAAAUCCAAGAAAGACCGGGCGACUAG